AUGACUUUUCAAAAAGCCUGUGAAACAUUCAUCGGAAAAGGUGCAGCACUGACUCCUACCAAAGACUCUUCAAUCAAUUGCAACACUGCAAAACGACCUGUUUCAUUUGGCUCCAUUGUCUCUUCUGAAGAUUUGGAAAACAUGACUAGCCAUCAUAAAAGCACCAUUGAUUCAAGGGAAAAACUAAAAGUUGUUCCUGAUUUCACCUCGUCGAUUUCUUCAUCUAAUUGUAAUUUGGAUUUCAAGUCUUUGAAAUUCCAAAAUGAUAAUCAAGUGGAAAAUAAUUUCCAAUCAUCUGGAACUCAUUCAAUUAAGCAACGACAAAUAAGCAACCCCUUUAUACACAAGAGCGAGCGCGAUGACUUAGAUUUUUUUAAUGACUCUUCUUCUAUGCCAUACCCAGGAUCUGGUUCAUUGAUCCAUCCAUCAUCAUCUAAGUGUUAUAUGUUACUUAAAGGCGACUUGAGCGAUGUUAUAGUGACUGAAUUGCCAGACCAAAGCUGUAAUGAAGAAGAGAGCACUUAUUCAUCUUCAAUCUCUGAAUCAUUUGUGACCCAAUGCGGGGAGCCUGAUAAUUUAAUCCAGAAUUCAAAGGAUUUUACAAGAUCACUUAGUAUUGGUGAAAAGUUAUUUGCCAGUGGAAAUGGGAAACAGCCAACUAAAAACAUACUUCCAAGUUCUGAUGAGUUUCUUGAACAAGCAUUACAUUACAGAAAAAAUAUCUAUAAAAAUAAACGCUGUAUAUCUGCUAACUCGUUGAUGCUCGGUUCCCAGGGUUGCAUAACUAAUACAGGGGAAAGAAACUCGGCCGUUCUUGAUACCAGUUUUAUUAGAAUCAGUGAUGCCAAAUUUCUAGAGGAAGAAAAAGAAGAAAUGCAAAGUUUGUCAUUAACUAAUAGCACAAGUUAUGUAUCAACCAGCGUUGUUGAUUGCACUCAGUUUCUUGCGCCGUGCCCUUUAUUUUCACUAAAGGCUACUAUUUCGGUUUUGAAUGAAAGAAUGCAACAAAAAAUGGACGAUAUGAAAGGUCAUGAAAUGUGUACAAGUGCGAAAAAUAAUGCCACUUUUUCUCUUUCUGCCUCUAUGUCGUUAAAAAGUGUUUACGCUGAACUGGACUUGGACCCGGAAAUCACCAAUGUCAAUAGCCUUCCUUUUGGAUCUCCUUCUUGUGGUGAAGAACCUUCAGAUACCAAUGUGUCCAUUUCUGUUUCUAUUCUUUUGGACAUUAACAAAACAAGAAUCAACGAAGAACGAUUAGAGACAUGUCAACUAUCCAUUGAAGACCAAAUUACUAAUGAUUUUGAACUAUACGAGUUUUUCCAAAAUGGCAUUGCUAAUUUACCUUAUCCACCCUCAAGCCUUCGAAAUCUUUUUCUCAUUUCAACCUUAGAUAGUCCCUUAAUUUCAUUGCUUCCAUUUAUACCCGAAACAAUUUGCCAUACUGUUUCUUUGACUGGGGACCCAAUUUGUCUCCCAUUUGUUGAAGAUGACGAAUGCUCGGUGAUUCCUAGAAACUCGGGUUGGACUUUUACUUGGCUUUCAACAUCUUUUUACGAGCUUAAGGAAGCUCUUAAAAGUGGUGUACUAUUUCAACCAAUUAGUCAUGUUAAGAUUUCCUUACACUACCCUUCUACUAAUUUAACAUCUCUAUUACCACCUCUAGUCAUUGCUGAACACGAUUUUAUUAAUCCUGGAUGCAAAAUGAAGUACAUUUUACGGUUUUUGGUUCCACAUGACUAUAAUGAUUCUAUUUUAAUUCUGGAGGAUGAGGAAGCCGGAAAGUUGGAAAAUACCCUUAUCAAUAAGAUACACAAGUACCAGAAAUCUGACUCAAAAAGAGAUAUGCCCAGAAAAGUGUACAAGACAUGUGCACUUGUUAAGAUUUUUUAUAGAUUACCCCGAGUUCAGGGUGUUGUUACUAUUGUUUUUCGAGUUAUGCGUAUUGCUAACGUUAUUUCUACAGGCUCGGGGACUGAUAAUAACAGUUUAGUUGGCUCUGAAGAAAUUAAAAGCUUUGAUGAUUCUAAUUUAUUAUAUGAAUUUAGUGAUGACGAUUUGGAGUCAAAUGAAAUGGACAUUGAACAAGAAUCAGCCGACAUUAAUCAUGAAAUGUGCGAGUACUGUGAAAAGGUAGAUUUGGUUAGAGAAGAAUUAGAAGGUCCAUCAUUACAAAGAGAUGCUGAAUUUGCUAUUGUAAUGGGUGGAGUGGAAAAAUCUCCUGCAUCCUUUGUGCUUUUUGGUGAAGCAUGA